CUUGCUGCAUUAGAGAGGCAAGUGUUUGAUUUCCUGGGAUACCAGUGGGCCCCUAUUCUAGCCAACUUCCUCCACAUCAUCAUCGUCAUCCUCGGCCUGUUUGGCACUAUUCAGUAUAGACCUCGCUACAUAGUGGUGUAUGCCAUCUGGACUGCAAUUUGGGUCACCUGGAACAUCUUCAUCAUCUGCUUUUACUUGGAAGUGGGAGGGCUCUCAAAGGACAGCGAACUCCUGACGUUCAACAUCUCCCGGCACCAGUCGUGGUGGAGUGAAAAUGGUCCUGGCUGUGUAAGGAAGGAGGCUUCAAUGUCUGGCAUCAAAGGGCUGGACAGUCAUUCCUACAUCUCUGUGAUAGGCUGUGCCCUCGAGUAUCGGUACAUCGAGGUCAUGCACAGCUCCUUCCAGAUCCUGAUCGCGUUGGUGGGCUUUGUCUACGCCUGUUACGUUGUUAGUGUUUUUACAGAAGAAGAAGACAGCUUUGAUUUCAUUGGGGGAUUUGAUCCAUUUCCUCUCUACCAUGUCAAUGAAAAACCCACCAACCUUUUGUUCAAGCAGACAUACCUGCCUGCGUAAGUAAAGAGGAGCCAGAGGAUGGAUAAACCUCACACUCCACCAUCAAAGGUGCUGCAGGAACCAACCCCCUGUGGCCUGGAUCUUUGGCAGAGGAAAUGCAGGAUGGUGAACUCCAUUCCACUUUUUGUUCCUUGUCUUCUUUUCAAAUGCAAUGAAUGUACAUUGAAGAAUGGCCACGGGGCUGGUUUUCAGUUCCCCAAGUGCCCUGACUAACCAUUCCGACUCCAGUCUGGCGGUACUGGCCUGGCAUGGGCCUGAAGACCUCAGACAGAAUGAGCUCAGCAGGAGCCUCUCUCAAGAGAUACGGCUGAAGCUGGAGCUGCUACCUUGCGCCAUGGAUCCAUAAAGAAGGAAGUACUGUGUAACAUGCUGGGACAUUU